GAUCGUUACUAACAGCCCACCUGUAUGUUAUGCAAGCAUGACAUAAAAAGUGAUCUUUCUUCUUCUUGGAAGGAGUGUCAAAGAUUGUCCACACAGAUAAACACUUUUCUCAACACGACAACUCAUUCAGCUUCUAAAACACACCUGAGCAAUGGCAGAGGAACUUUUCAAAGUGAGGCCAGACUUUGUGGCCAGCGUAUCCCUGGCAGUAUUGAAAAGUAUUCUGGACGAUCUUUUGCUCAACAAAGUUCUGAAUGACGGGGAGUGUGAUGCCCUUCUUGAGGGGAACCUAAUCAGACGAGACAAGGCUCGUACCCUGAUUGACACGGUGAGGAACAAAGGUGAUGAUGCAAGCUGGAAGAUGAUCAAUUACCUUAAAAAACAUGACCCAGAGCUUAUUAAGAAAUUGGGCCUCCCCACUCAGUCAUUUAAAGACGCAGCUGGGGCGGACGGCAGCUCGUCGAGCAAAAUUUCCACGACUCGGAAGAAUAAGGAUGAAAAGAUUUACCCCGUGACUCCAGAGUCCAUGAAGAGUCGCGUGGCUCUGCUUAUCACCAAUAUAACAUUUAGGGACCCACAGAAAAACAGAGCUGGGGCGGAGAGAGACGAGCAGAACAUGGAGAGGCUUUUGCGCACUUUCGGUUAUGAAGUGGUCAAAUACAGAGACUGCACAGGAAAGCAAAUAGAUGAGGCCGUGCUGGACUUCUCCAUGCAUCCCAAACUCAAAGACACUGACAGCGUGUUUGUGGUGAUCAUGUCUCACGGGAGACGGGGACAUGUUCUCGGUGUCAACUGGAACCACAAGCAAACCAAGGAGGAGGCCACCGAGAAAGAAGAUGUCUUCUUCAAUGAUAACAUUUUCAAGCACCUGGCCUCCGACGAGUGCAAAGAGCUGGAGAAUAAACCCAAGAUCAUCAUCAUCCAGGCCUGCAGAGGAGAGGGGAAGGGGACGGUGUUCACCAGGGAUGGUGCGACGGAAGAAUUGGAGUGUGACUACACCUCCGCCAGUGACGACCACAACAUGGUGGAGGACGGGAUGCGAUACAUGCACAAAGAGAAAGAUUUCAUCGCCUUUCUCUCCUGCACCCCUGAUACCGUGUCAUACAGACACCCGGUGAAGGGUUCAGUCCUUAUUGGGCAUCUUGUUGAUGUGUUUAACACUUAUGCACGUGAGGAACACAUCGAGGAGCUGUUCAGAAUGGUCACGCAACGCUUCGAAGAGGUGGACUUAAAGUACGGACAGAUGCCAAAUAAAGACCGAGUGUCUCUGACAAAGAACUUCUACUUGUUUCCAGGCAACUGAAAUGCCUGUUGGGUUAAGAAAAAAGCCUUCUUAAAUAUCUUCAAUAGAAACUCCCAUUGUAAUCCUCUCAGGCCGUAUUAUUACUUUUACACAACUGUGGUGGACUUGGUGCUCUUAUCCAUCCUUUGUAUUUAUACGGUGUCCCAUGUCAUGGUAUGUCACCUCCAUAGGGCAUGAACUUGCAAAAUAAUCAUUUUUACUAUCAAAGUGUUGUCUUUUUCAUUAAAAUGAUCAAAUACACAAUAAAUAUUGAGUGAAAGAUUGUCA